GUCGUAAAGGUUCAUUUUCACUUUUUAUCGAGUAUGAAAACAAGGUGGAACUGUAAUCUUCUUUAUCGUGUACAGCUUAUCUUUAUAUUCAUCGAAUAGGAUCCGAAUAUCUCAUCUCUAGACACCCAUUUGACCUCUAUAUACCAAUAAACAAACGACCAGAGUGUUGUGAGGGGGAUAAGGGACAAACUCAUCAAGUUUAUUUGCCGACUAAUUCACACCUUAUACAACGUAGCAUAGAGUAUAAAUUACAAAAGUGUAUAUCAAAAGAAAUUUAUAACGUUAUCUAAUUUUAGUCUUAUCAUGUUGCGAAAAGUGCAAUAUAUAUAAACCUUUAUGCAAAUUGUUAUUAACUUGAAAAUUUGAGUUAUUGUAUAUUAUAUCUUUUGUUUUGGUGUUGCCAGUAUUCACUUUGUAGGGUGGUGGCAAGUUACCGUAUUCUUCCAACUUUUAGUUCAUCUAAAGUUUAGGCUUAAGGAGGAUUAGGCCUAUGGUACAAUUUGAGUCAGUGGCACUACUUACAGUAGUGUCAGCAUUGUGGGGGUUGUCAACACCGUGGCUACGUCAGGGAAGUGUAGGAAUUGAGCACGUAAAGUGUAACAGUGCAAUAAAACAGUGGUUAGCCGAACUGUGGUUCCUGGCUACAAACUGGCGGUAUGUGAUCCCUUUCCUGGUUAACCAGAGUGGUUCAGUUCUAUAUGCUGCUACCCUUGGUGUUGCAGACUUGUCUAUGGCAGUACCUCUUACCAACGCCCUUACCUUCAUCUUCAUCACGAUAUCUGGAAGAUUUCUUGGGGAAGAAGUCGGAAGCAGCGCAACAUAUGUAGGAAUGGCUUUUGUGAUGGCAGGAGUCAUGUGUUGUGUGAUGGAUCGUGUCUGGACCCAGAUGUGAAGGACUUGUCAGGUUUGAUGUGACGUCAUUUUCGUCUUUAGUUCGAGAGUUUAAAAUCUGUCUACCAUUUAGGAAGAUAUUUAGUGAAUAACUGAGUAAACUAUGUAUCAUGUGAUAAUAAUUACUAAUUAAAUGUCUUAAGAUCUCAUUUUCUACUAGCAUAGUGUCAAAUUAUUCAGCUAAUGAUUAUUUUAAUUAACAACUUAUAAGUAGCUGUUGUAACUUAUUAUAUUCGUUGUAGUUGACAACUACAAAUUCUUCUGUGUGAGGAUUUUUAUGUGUUUACCUGUGGUCAGUGUUUCCAGUACGUAGACAAGUGGGAACUUACCAGGUAACCCACAGACUGACCAUCCAGUAUUACUGUGACAUCUUUCCAUUGUGAGAAUAAAAUAAAAAGUGUGGAGUUUUAUAGAUAGCUAAGUAGAAGUAAUGAUUUUUGUUUUUGUGGUAUUAUGCUUUUAGUGGGUGUGGGUUGGAGGUGACAAACAGGGUUUGAAUCCAUGCAAUACCACAACAUAUUCCCAACACUGUAAGUUGUGUGUGAUAAGUAAGAGUGAUAGUCACUCCCUUUGCAUGGAUGAUGGGUGACAGUGUUCUGCUGACUGUCUGUCUUCUGGUCAGUAGAUCAAAACUAGGGACAACAGCAGAUGGCUCAAGUAGCUUUGCCAUAAAUGCAGUAAAAUAAUUGCAUUACAAAAUCAACACUUCAUGCCUAUUAAUAUUUUAAACUUACCAAUCUUGAAACACAAAGUUUUUUUUGGGGGGGGGGUAAUUAAAAUCAUGUUAUAAACUUGUUUGUGCAUUUUUAUUUUAACACUAGUUUUGUAGAUGAACAAAAGUCCUCAGUUAGAAAUUUGAGAUUAUCCCACAACCAGAGUGAUAUUGGGAAUAAAAGACCAAAAGUAACAAAAAAUGUAUAUCUGAUUUAUUUCUAAAGUUAAAGAUAAAACAAGCUUCUUUGGCCAAAAUGUUUUGUUUUGUAAUAUCAGAUAAGAGUUUGUAAAUAUGUAAGUACUCUAAACAAUAAGUUAUUACAGAAAUUUAUAUGUGUGAAUAAGUGUAUAAAAUACUAUGCAGAUUAAAGCAAUAACUUGAAUGUUAUAAAAUAUUGAAGUCAACUUGUUUGUUUUAUACAUAAUUUUGAACUACAGAAACAAGACCCUUGUCUUUAGAACUUGGUUGGUAAAAUGUGAGCCAAAAAAUGUUUUUCUGGCAGUUUGUUUUAUUUAUUUCUUAAAUUGUUAACUUGUGUUUUUGACUAAUGAAGUUGCUUUGGUUAAACAGCACUGUUGUUAGUUCAUUGUAAAAAGUUUACUUUUCAACAAUGCUGUUUGACACAGUUGUUAGAACAUCCUAUUGCUGGUGAUAUAGUUUACUUUUCAACAGUGCUGUUUAACACAGUUGUUAGAACAUCCUAUUACUGGUGAUAUAGUUUACUUUUCAACAGUGCUGUUUAACACAGUUGUUAGAACAUCUUAUUACUGGUGAUAUAGUUUACUUUUCAACAGUGCUGUUUAACACAGUUGUUAGAACAUCCUAUUACUGGUGAUAUAGUUUACUUUUCAACAGUGCUGUUUAACACAGUUGUUAGAACAUCCUAUUACUGGUGAUAUAGUUUACUUUUCAACAAUGCUGUUUAACACAGUUGUUAGAACAUCCUAUUACUGGUGAUAUAGUUUACUUUUCAACAGUGCUGUUUAACACAGUUGUUAGAACAUCCUAUUACUGGUUAUAUAGUUUUGACAACAAUGCUUACUGAAAAUUUGACAGUAAGACACAUUACUGGUUAUAUAGUUUUGACAGUAAGACACAUUACUGGUUAUAUAGUUUUGACAGUAAGACACAUUACUGGUUAUAUAGUUUUGACAGUAAGACACAUUACUGGUUAUAUAGUUUUGACACAAUGUUUACUGAACAUUUGACAGUAAGACACAUUACUGGUUAUAUAGUUUUGACAGUAAGACACAUUACUGGUUAUAUAGUCUAUUUUUCUAACUAUAAAGGUAUUAUACAAUUGACGUAUAUUUUUAGAAGCCUAAUUCCAUAGAAAUUAUGAAUGAUUCUGUUGUUUUCGAAGAUAUUCAAUGUAUUAGUUCCAGAACGAUUUCUCACAGUAUCUUGUCUGUACUGGAUGUUGUUACGUAUUAAGACUGCUGUUAUAUAGAAUGUUAUUAUUUCCAUCACAAUAUUUUAACAAUAGGUACAUUAAAACUACAACUUGGUAGUUUUUGAUGCAAACAGUUUGUAUGCCGUAAUAUUGACGUCACGAGUCGAUUUUUUGGCGAAGUGCCUGUAAUUACGAUGAUUUAAUGGUACGCAAUGAUUGGUGAAAAAUGAAAUGUAGCGAAAUCAAUAAAAAAGAUAUUUCGAAGUU